CUCCUCGGCAGCAGACACAAAUAGAUACAGCAAUCUGAUUGUGAGAUAACCAGUUCAAUUAGUGAAAGUCUGAGUCGCCGGCCAAAUUGCUUUAUGCAACUCCAUUUUAUCGACCAAACAAGACGGCCGCCACAGCAGCUGCCGUUUAAAAAUCCCGCUCAAAAUGCAGUGUUGUCAAGCGCAACACCGAAAUGCGACUAGGUGGCAACGCGGUGCCGGCAUGUUUUCUUGUUUUCGCAAUUUGCAUGCGGCGUUGAAACUCCUGAAACGUGCUGGAAAUUGUGCCGAAAAUGAGCGCGCUUAGCACCAAACUGCUCCUGAAACGGAUGCCCUGCACGCUGGAGGAACUGGCGCAGCUGAUCCACGAGUGCAAGCUCAUCCUGCCGCGCUCACUGAACACCUACGGCCGGAAACGGGUGCUCCUCGAGUAUGGCGAUCCGGAGGAGGCGGAAAGAGCGCUGGAGCAGCUGCAAGGACUCAGCGAAACGCUGGACAAGCCGCUGUGCAUCAGUGUCUUUGGACCGCGGCCCACUGCCGGAGCCGCCGGUGCCAACAAAUCCACACAGACAAAGGCAGCGGGCAAUGGAAGUCCUGCUUCUUCUGGCCUUCCGGAUAUCGACAAGUACGUUCGAAGGCUAUACGCCUGCAAUAAUCAGUGCGACUUCACACAGCCGCCGCCGCCAUAUCUCAGCUACAGCUAUCCACCCAUAAACGGGGAAAUCCUAGCCAGAAUCGGUCAGCAUCUGCAGACAAACUCGCACUUCUAUAACCAAGUUUUGCACCUGAUGAAUCGCAUGAAUCUGGAGCCACCUUUCGAAAAGCGUGCCGAUGGACUGAUGGUUCAGUUGCAUCUGCAGCAUGUGGGCACUCAAACCGAGUCCAUACCCAGCGAAUCGGAAAGUGAGCUGGAGAGCGACGACGGGGAGCAAAAGCUGGCCAAAAGACAGCGAUUGCUGCCACCGCCGUCGAGCGAUGUGGCCCGUGCCAAGAUUCUCAAGCGAACCCGCCAAAUGCUACAGCAAGCUGCCCAUCUCGGUAGUCACACUAAUCCCAAAAGGACAGUUGAAAAACCCUCUUUUAACGCACCCAAAAUAGAGAUGAAACUGCCCGAUAGCCUAAUGCCAUCCGCGUCAAAUCCAGAAAGGGUUGCAUCCACAUCCAAGCCAGAAAGUCGUGCAAAGCUAGAAAGGCGUCUGUCCACCAGUAAGCUCGAAGCUCUGCCGGUGUAUAAGAACUACAAGACCGGCGAUCCCAGCAACAAGUUGUACAUUAAGAAUCUGGAGAAGAGCGUGGAUGAACAGCAACUGCGGGAAAUCUUUGCCAAGUACACUGCACCGAGUAAUUUGGACAUCAAGGUCAUGCAGCAGGGUCGCAUGAAAGGGCAGGCAUUCGUGACCUUCCUCAAAGCGAAAAAUCCGGAGAUAAUAGCCCAAGCCCUAAGCGAAACCAAUGGACUUUUGUGGCACGACAAACCCAUGAUCGUCUGCUACGGCAAACAGCAAUAGGAGCAGUCAAGAGAUCUGGGAGAAGACAACUGGGCCUGAUCGAUACCAUAUACGUCGACGGUGCUCGCCCAGAACCCGGUAACGAUCCCGAGGAGUCGCUCAACGAGGACGAAGUCACAGCAGCCAACACAGUGCCCGUUAAGAGCAAGAAGUCGCGG